AGUGAGCGGAGGAGAACGAGGAAUCCCUACCUGAGACGGUGCUUAGCUGGUUGGUUAGAGAGAGCUUCUGGGACGGCGAGAAUCAGACCUCGGUCUAGGACGGCAGGGUUUUGAAUUUGGGAUAGAAGCUGAACCUGAAGACCAGUCACCUCAAGGACCUUGCUCUGCCUGCUGCCGACUGACCCAAUGUUUCCAGUGCCUGGAAGAGUUUUAGCUAGAAGCUCUGGCUAUUUCAUUGCCAACUCCACCAUCCUGGGGCGAGAGACGCUGUCCAGGCAAAAGGUGCUUCUGGAUGAGCUCCAGAGCCAGCUGGAGCUUCUCGUGGGCUGUUCAGUCUGUGCCAAGCCACUGGAUGACAGCACAUAUAUAUGGCAAAUCAUAGAUCACCAUUGCCCUGGUGAGAUCCUCCUUGCGAGAGCCAAGGGAACUUCUCCACAUCAAGGGUGGAAGAAGGUUCAACGUAGGCCCAUCUUCCCCAAGCCCAGAUACUAUGAAAAGUGCCGCUAUUACAGAUGCGGGGCAGGCUGCAGAAGACAUGACCCAUGCACAUUUGCCAGCAGCCCAGAGGAAGCAGUGGUUUGGACUUUUGAAAGGCAGAACUACAUCCCCAGGUUGUGGCUAAAAGCUGAAGUACAGAACAACUGGUACCACCAGACCCCCAGAAGCCAAAGAACAGUUGAGAAAAUUUGGGCAGAAUUUGGAGCCUACUUUCAGGAAAUCUGUAAGGCCUGCUUUGAGAACUGCCCUCCACAGGUGACUCACUUGGGUCCAAACCUAGUGUGCCCAGAGCAUCAGUCUUCUGGCUCCAUUCUGGUACAUGCAGCAAGUGAGGACCAGCUAGUGGUGAUCAGGCCCAAACCCCUGAGGAGAGAUCUCUUACUAGAAUAUUGUAUGGUUGUGUCCCGAGGGAAGCCAUGUCAGCAUGGAGCCACCAACUGCAUUUAUGCUCAUAGCCAUGUAGAAAUGGCAGUGUGGGAAGCUGAGGCAAGUGACUGCCUGUUUCGCCCUGACUUGAUCCAAGCCACUUCGGAGUCUGGAGGAAGGGCCAGGGUCAGUAGGAAGGAUGGUGGUGGCUAUGGGAGUCCAGCCUCUUCAGCCCAGACCCGACUGUACUGCCGGGCCUGCUGUGUGCCCUUCAGCUCUCACGAGUGUCUCAGGAAUCACUGCUCUUCUCUAGAGCACAAACUGAGGGUGUCCUAUGAACAGGGGGCCCUAUGGAAACAUCGGCCCCCCACCAUUGGAGUCAGCGAAUUCAAACUGUGCCACAGACAAGAUAGCUGUCCCUACGGAAAUGUAUGCACCAAAGCACAUUCCCUGGGAGAGAUGCAGGAAUGGAUUCUUCGGGCACUGACUAUCCAGAUGAGGGAGGACUCAGCCUGGAAGCAUGGACUCCUCUUCUUUCAGGACCGGCUUUUCCAGGACAGUGGCAAUGAAGCGCUGGUGAGAUCUAGGCAUGUACGUGACAUAACCAUUCACUGUGGCCAACCCCUACAGUGCCAGGAAGAAGACAAGAAAUCACAACACAGUUGGAGAUUUAUCAUCCAUUCCAAGGGCCGACGACCACUGAGACAUGUGGCCCUCCUCAAACAGCAUAUGGGAGCAGUGUUCUCCUUGGUGGGUCCUGAGCUUCCACCAGGACAGCUUUACGCCCAAGGCUCAAAGUUCCGGGUGUAUGGUGCUGCAGUGAUGACCUUCCAUGUGGAGGUGCACGUAGAGUGUAUCACCAUUGGCAAUUAUGAUCAGUGGAUUGCCUUUGACUUUGGUCACUGGCCUGUCCUGGUACAGAAGCUACAUGUUCAGGUGGGCCAGAAGGAGGCACCUGAAAUCCUGCCCACCUGUAUCCAGAACCAGGGGUGUCUUCUGGAGAUGACCCACUGGCACAGUAGGAAUCGUUGUGUGGUGCCCAGUGUGGCCAGGACUGCUGAGCAGGUGAAGCUGUUAGCCAAGUACACUGUGAGCUCCCAGGAACUGGACUACUACAAGUCAAUAGCUUCAGCCAAGAUCCCUAUAACUCUGGCCAACUAUCGGGACAGGAUGCACCAAUUCUUAUACGUGGAAGAGGAGGCUCAGCAACAGCUGGUGGCCAGAUUGAACGUUCAAGUACAAGGCACAUUGUCCUCCAAGGUACAGGCCUCAGCAAUGGGCAUGAAGUUUGAAGCACAAGGAAAAUCACACGUCAAGGGACGAAUUCCUUGCUCGCUGACACCAGACACAGACCUGGGUUCCUUGCUAAGCAGGGCUGUUAGCACUGCUUAUGUGGUGCCCAUCCCUGCCCCUGACAACCGUGUGUAUGAAGUUCAGGUGAAGGUCAAGACCACUUCAGAACUAAAUGUGUGGCUCCUGCUGCCAGCCUACUGCUGCUCGGCCUUGGGGCUUGAGGAUGGAGAUUCUCAGCUUAUGGAAAUCCAGUUCCAAAUUGACAAGAUGGUAUUUGGGAAGUGGCAUCAAGCCAUCGACACACUUCACGAUGAGAGAGUGGUAGUACCUAACAUACCUGCCUGUGCUCUGCCUUCUCUGACACCGCCUACCCAGGAAAUCUUUUGUAAUGCUAAACAGAAGCAAGCCAUCUCCUAUAUCACAGGCACAGCCAGUGGGAAGAGACAAGUGCCUCCACUGCUCAUUUAUGGCCCAUUUGGGACAGGCAAGACACACACACUAGCCUGGGCUGCACUGGAGGUGAUCAAACAGCCAAACACCAAAGUGUUGAUCUGUACUUACACCGACAGUGCUGCUGAUGUCUACAUCCGGGAGUAUUUUCAUGUCUAUGCCACAGCUGGACACCCUGAGGCCAUACCCCUGAGGGUCAAGCACAUUGAGAGCUUCUUCCAUGAGACAGACCCGACCACAUUGCAGUACUGCUGCCUCUCAGAAGACGGGUGCUCCUUCCGCUUCCCAACACUGGAUGAGCUUGAACAGUACCCCAUUAUUGUCAUUACCACUACCUCAUCCCACAACCUUCAUGUGCCACCUGGCUUUUUUUCCCACAUUCUCAUUGAUGAGGCUGCUCAGAUGUUAGAGUGUGAAGCCAUAAUGCCACUGGCUUAUGCUACCCGAGACACACGCAUUGCCCUGGCUGGGGACCACGUGCAAAUCACCCCCAAACUCUUCAGCGUGGGGGACAAGAAGUCUGCUGACCAUUCACUAUUCAAUCGGCUGUUCCAGUACUACCAACAAGAGACUCACCAAUUGGCUUCCCAGUGCAGGAUCAUCUUCCAUGAAAACUACCGAACCACCAAAGCCAUCAUUUCCUUUGUGUUUCAGAAUUUCUAUGAGACCAGCAAAAUCCCUAUUGAGGAAAGUGGAAUCCCCGAACAUCCCUGGCAGUACCCGCUUAUGUUUUCCUACGUGUCUGGUACUCCUGAGAAAGAUAUCUCAAUGGCAUCAUGGUUAAAUAAGGCUGAAAUAGUGGAAGUCAUAAAGAGGGUACAGGAAUUCUAUCAGGGCUGGGUCUACCAAUGGGGCAGCCCUGAUCAGAAGCAAAUUUGUGUUGUGUCCCAUGGCUCUCAGGUAAAAAGACUGAAAGAGGAAUUAAGGAAGAAGCAACUGGAAGAAGUGGUAGUGGAAAAUUUUGAAAACAUGCCAGGUCGUGAAUUCCGAGUAGUCAUCCUCAGCACAGUGCACACCCGGGACAGCUUGCUCAGCAACUCAGCCACCCACCUGGAAUUCUUCAGUGAGCCUCAACUACUUAAUAUAGUGAUGACCAGGGCCCAAUCACAGCUGGUUGUUGUGGGUGAUCUUACAGCCCUAUGUGCCUUUGGACGUUGCAGAGAGAUAUGGAAGAACUUUAUUCAAAAGACACUAGAGCAAGGCAAUGUGCUUCCUACAUACCUCAAAAUGAAAGAUGUGGAGCAAAGUUCCUUGCUGCGUUUGGCCUGGCAAAACAGACUGAACCCUGUGGCUGCAGCCAGAGAGAACUUCUUAGAGGAGGAGGACAACCACAGUGUCUUUACCUCCCGGGUUUCUGAUGCUGAAUUCAGUGGUGAUGACCCUAUCCUGCAGGAGUUGCUGGAUAAAGCAAAGAAUGUGGCAGAGACAGUAGCUGAGAACUAGUGGGAUUGGCUGCUGGAUCUACUAUUCUGUGACCUACCUUGCCUCCAUUAUAACAGUAUUGAAGCUUUCCUGUGCCAGUGUUGCAGAGAAACUUAUACAUCAAGUCCAAGAUAGAACCUAUAGGAUCUGUGAACUGAUUAAGUAGGCUUAAACAUGGCUUAAAGGUUUAGAUAAUGGCAGGAAAUUUACCUCUUUGUAAAUCUAGGAAUAAGACAUAUUUGUCUUAUAUACUGUAUAGUAUGUUAAAUACUGUUAGUAGGUUAUAACACAGACUUAAAUUCAGUGUUCACUAAAUGUUGCUCUCAUGCUCUUACAUGGGCAGCUGUCCAAUAUAGCUACCACUACAGCCACUUGGAGUUAGAUUUAACCUGAUCAUCUCUGCCACCUGAACCUUCAACAACGGGAAGUAUCUAUGUGUACAAAUCCUGCUCAAUGAAAAGAGUUGCAUAAGCAUAAGCAUUAGUUUUCCUUGGCCUUAGAACACUUAUUUGGAUGCGCCAAUAAUAUCUAAACCAUGAAUACUCUGGAACCAUGUACAAGAGACAGGUUUACAAUAAAAUGUAAACUGUAAAUACAGACAGGCUGGUUUUAUUUGGCUUCCAUUUUCUGGAAGAGCUGUAAUUCAGUUGCUUUUCCUCAAGGAGUACUGUAUUUGUUUCCCAUCAGUGCUUGCUCACAGAUCUUGUGAGGGGAAGGGUUGGUAUUUUGUACAUUUUUGUAUAUUGUGUCAUGUGUUAUUUUUACCAGUAUCUGCUG